UAAACAGGACACACAAAAUAUGAAUCCUGAUACUACUAAAAGUGAUGUAUGUGCAAUGCCUACAAACCUUUGGGAGAUAGAUAAGAAAUCAAAAGAUCCAAUCAAAGACACGCAACAUCCAGUCCAUUCAAUGACAACUUUUCAAAUUAAGUCAGAUCUAACUGGUGAAAAAUAUAUCGAGAAUAAACGCACAAAUAUAAAAGAAAAUGUGAAGAAUAAUAGAGAUAAAAUUACAAUUUUGCCAACUGAUGACACAAAUCGCACUAAAAUCCAUCGAGCGACAAGAGAAGACUCAUUAAAACUCCUCAAAUAUUCAAAUAUUUGUCUGUUCAAGUCAUUAAAAACGAAGUUCCAAUGUUACUCCUGUAAAGAAACCUUCUUUAACAUGUCAGAUUUAAGAUCACACACAAAAAUUCACUCAAAUACAAACGACAGAGGGUUCAAAAUCAACUUAAAGGGGUAUUCCUCUAAAAAUGCAGACAUCUCAUCAUUGUCUUGCAGCUUGUGUUAUCAGACGUGUAAUGACUUGAAUGUAUUGAAACAGCAUUUGAUAAAUAAACACAGUAUAGAAUUUGCAUCCGCUGACCAUAUGUUUGUUCCAUUUAAACUCGAGAACGGCUUCAAAUGUGUUACAUGUGGCGAAGAUUUCAAUUCAUUCGUUCGUUUAUCGACCCACAUGAAUAAACACUCGACGAAUAACGUCUGUGAGAAAUGUGGCUCGUUCUUCAUAAACCGUUUGAGUCUGAGGGCACAUUUACAGUCGGUCCAUAGAGAGAAAAAAUGCACAAUGUGUUUGGCGAAGUUUGAGAAGAACUAUACCAAGGUGAAGCAUAUGAGGAUUGUGCACAACGUCGGAGCCAUUAGGAGAUACUGUACGAUAUGUGGCAAAGAUUUCAGGCACUCGUACAAAUUACUGGAACAUAAAAUAAAAGAGCACGGAGCUCAGAGAUUGACAUCAAAUUGCAAGGAGUGUGGGAAGACCUUCCUUUCGUCGCAGAAUUUGAAGAUUCACAUAAGAUCCGUUCAUGUUAAGGAGAGGAAUUACCAGUGCAAUGUAUGUGGUAUGGGGUUCUUCACUAAAGCUGAUGAAAAAAGACAUGGAAGGAAACACGAGGAUGUCAAGAUGUUCUCAUGCAGUUAUUGUGAGGGGAAAUUCAAGUCGAAGGAUUCUUGGAGACGACAUUUGAAACGUAUACAUGAUAAAUUAGUCGUUGAUUAAAUAUAUUUUUUGUUG